AUGACAGAUAAUAACAAUACUACAACAACAUCAACAUCAAAUACAGCAGAAGCAGCAGCAGCAGCAGGUGAUAUAAAUAAUAAUAAUAAUAAUAAUAAUGAUUCAACAAAACAAAAACAACCAAUUAAUAUGAUUAUAUUGGGAAUGGCAGGUAGUGGAAAGACUACAUUGUUACAAAGAUUGAGAGCACAUGUAUAUCAAAACAAGAUUGCAACCUAUAUCAUUAAUCUAGAUCCAGCAGUUGCAAAGUUACCAUAUACUGCCAACAUUGAUAUUAGAGACACUGUAAACUACAAAGAAGUAAUGAAACAAUAUGGAUUGGGACCAAACGGUGCAAUCGUUACAUCUCUCAAUCUAUUCUCUACUAAAUUUGACAAGGUAUUAGAGAUUGUCGAAAAGCGUGCACCACAACUAGAAUACAUCAUCAUGGAUACACCAGGUCAAAUAGAAGUGUUUACAUGGUCUGCAUCUGGUAGCAUUAUCACCGAAUUGAUGGCUAGUUCCUUUCCAACUGUAUUGGUCUAUGUCAUCGAUACACCACGUACCAUAGAUCCAACAACUUUUAUGUCAAAUAUGUUGUAUGCCUGCUCUAUCAUGUACAAGAGUAAAUUACCAAUGGUCGUAGCAUUUAACAAGGUCGACGUUACUAGUCAUCAUUUUGCUGAACAAUGGAUGAGUGAUUUCGAUUCACUUCAAGAUGCUCUCACUGGUGAUCAAACCUAUAUGAGUUCUCUUACUCGUUCAAUGAGUUUAGUAUUGGAUGAAUUCUAUUCAACUUUAAAGACAGUAGGAGUAUCAGCAGUAGAUGGUACAGGUAUUUCUGAAUUUUUUGAAGUAGUCGACAAGGCAUCUGAAGAUUACUUUAAGUAUUACAAGACAGAGUUAGAGACAAACAAAAAAGAAAAGGAAAAAGAAACUUUGGAGAAACAAACAAGACAAUGGGAUAAAUUAAAAAGAGACUUGGAUGAAUCAAAGGGUUCCAAGGUCGUCUAUGAUUUCAAAAAGGAAAAACAACAAACAAAGAAAUCAUCGCCAUCUAAUCAUGAGGAUGGUGAUUAUGAUUAUGAUCAAGACGACGACGAUGAUCAAGAUGAUGGUUACAUACAUGCAGAUGAUGAUCAAGAUGACGAUGACAAUCAAGAAGAGGAAAUGGAUAAAAAUGAACAACAAGAAUAUGCAGAUUUAAUGAAUUAUUUAAAAAAGAUGUAA